ACUAUUCUAUAAACUCGUACGUAGAAGGCGGAAGGACUUGCAAGUGUUCGAAUAAAGCGCGGUCAGUCUGAAAAUCGACGUUAUUCGUGUAACAACUUGCGUUUUUCCUUCUUCCUUCGUUAAUAACAAACAUUUUUUUACUACCCUUCUCUAUCUUAUUAUAUUUUUGUGAUAAACAAUGUUGCACUAGGCAGAUAUAAUAUAAAACGCGAUUAUUACAAAACGUAUUCCGACUUAAAUCUAUCAUCUAUCAAGAAGAAAAAAAAGAGAAAAAACACAAACACAUAUGCACUUAGUGUAAUAGAUAUGAAGAGUGCCGUUGUACCUAUCCGUUCGCGAGAUUCGUAAUAAUCUAGUUUAGAAUUUCCAUCGGUGAUUUAUAGUAAUAAUAUCUAUUCCAAUUGUAUCAAAUACUCCAGUCAUUUGUGAUACAUUUGAAAAUACUUAUUGUAAUACUCGUUGCAAUAAUUGUGCAAAUGUUGAAACGUUUAAACGAUAUUACGUUAUUAUACAUAGUGGGUGAUAAAUUAAGAAACAAACAAAAUCAUAAAUAAUAUUUAAUAGCGGCCUGCUUUAAAGCAGCCGCGUGCCAAAGAAUUAUGCCAUAAGCCUUAUUGAUAAACGGUGUGAAUCAAAAUUAACCCAGUUAAAAAUUGCAAAUUAUUUCGCGUUAACGAAAAAUACUAAAAUAUAAAUUAAAAAUUACAUAAUCCAAGAAAAGAAGACAAAAGGUGGGUGGACGACAUCAUCAUCUGUUGGACAAAACGAUUAGGCGAAGAAACAAUUUGGAGAAUAUAUUACUUCAUGCUAAAGAAUUUAGCAGAGUUUCAAUAUGAGAAGGAAGACUUUGGUAUUAUUGUUCGUUAUUCUCGUAUUAAAACGAUCCUAUUCGAGUUCUGGAAACGAAUACGGUGAUGGCAAUCAUCAUCGACAAAAAAGAGUACUAUGGAUAACGAACGAUGGUCGGAUAGCUUUACCACCUGGCACAGUAAUGACUAUAACACCUACAUUGGCAUUACCUUUUGUCAGAUAUCCACCUUACGGAUUUUUAAGUAACAUGACUAUUAGUCUACCCUUUACGAUCGACUUUGACAAAUUAGGAUUAACGGAUAAUGAAAAUCCUUAUGGUGCGUUGCCACCAGCAUUCGACAGAAGUGCACGCGGUAGAAAAGCUGGCAUGAUUAUGGCAGAUUUCAUAGCGGCAUUUAUAAAACGAAGACUUCACAAAAGAGAUACCAUAGAAAUCCCAAAAGAUGCUUUUCACGGUGGAGAAAGAGCUUUACUUUAUGGGACAGCCGAGGAUAUGUUGAGCACCAUGGGUUUAGAUGGAAAAGCUUGCCUAUUGAGAGCCAUUUGUGAAGUUCAUGGUCAUCCCCUCAACAAUUUUGGUCUCAUUGGAGAAAUGUUAAAAUUAUUAUUAACGGCCAGCAAAUCGCCAUUCGCCAAUAUUCUCAACGAAUACGUGGAAGCUGAAAAUAGAGGAAAAUUACACGGAGAAUGUUGGCCGUAUUUCAAAGAUUGUCCCAAAUCUUUGUUCCUACCCUCUAUUAAUAAAUACACGAGAAAUUCCGUCCAUGAUAACGACGAUACAGAAAAUGAUGAUAUGUGGAAUCAAAUUUCGCGAAACAUCGAGGAAGAUGUAGUCGUCGAAAGGAUACCAAAACAAAAUACUAAACAUACGAUACAUCCAUCUAUGUAAUAAUAAUAACAACAAUAUAAGGAUAGAUAAUACGAUAUAUCAUAUCAAUAAUUAAUUUAUACAUAAAUCGUGAUAAUAUUUGUUAUCUAUGUAAAUGUUUAUA